GUUCUAGAAAUGCGCUGAUGAUCACUUCUGGCGACGCUUUCGUUCUCUUGUGUUGGUGCGCAAAAGAGUCUCUGACGUUCCGCCGUUUUUUUAAUUUAACGUAGAGACAAUGGCCGGUAUUAAAGCCCUGAUCAGCCUCUCCUUCGGUGGAGCCAUUGGCCUCAUGUUUCUGAUGCUUGGCUGCGCCUUGCCUGUGUAUAAUGAAUACUGGCCGCUCUUUCUUCUCUUUUUCUACAUCCUGUCUCCUAUCCCAUACUGCAUCUCUCGGCGUGUGGUGGAUGACACAGACUCGGCUAGUAAUGCCUGUAAAGAACUGGCCAUUUUCCUCACAACAGGAAUCGUCGUGUCUGCCUUUGGCCUGCCCAUCAUAUUUGCCCGCGCCAGUGUGAUCGCCUGGGGUGCCUGUGCUCUGGUCCUGACUGGAAACAUUGUCAUCUUCAGCACCAUCCUGGGCUUCUUCCUCGUCUUUGGGUCGAAUGAUGAUUUCAGCUGGCAGCAGUGGUGAAGCAGAGAACUGUUUUUAUCAACAUACAUUUUCACCAUGGCGACUAUCAUGGUUCUUAUUGUCGUCUUUAUUAUUUAUAGUGACUGGCCAUCCGUAUUUAAAGGAAAUCAGUGCAAUAAGUUGUCACUGGGAUCAGUUUUACCUCAGAAAGCUAUAGUUUCUGCUGUUUAACUUGUACAUUAGCAAUGUUUUUAAAUUUUUUUUUCUGCAGGCAUGAUUGAUGCUUCUCUACAGAAUGUAGAAUGUAUAAUUCCAUGGGAAAAAUCCUAAUCUGGAUAGAUAAAUGUCCUGGUGAAAUGGUUAGAACCAAUCACAGACUCUGUCAUUUGAAGCCCAUACUUCAGGUGUUAGCUUGUUGGAUAAUCUGCUGUGUAAUAUUUUUUUAAAAGCUAAUUAACGUUUCAUGUAACAUGGGUUUAGUUGUUAUUUAUGCACCAUCUGCCUCCACCGUUGCAUUAAAGGUAGCGCACUUCCAUCCUGUAACCAAACGCCAAAGCCAUUCACUGCUAUUUAAUGUAUAAUCACGCAAAUUAAAGUGCACAUUACAUCUUGUGUGGAAGUGUGCACUUCACAGACAGUUCUCUUGAUCAGCAUACGAGAUAAACAUGCAAGUAAAUACGGCAUAAUUGUGUACAAGUGCUACAAAGCUCAGUUUGCUAACAUGUGACUUAGCACUGGCUAGGAUUUUGCUGACCAGGAUAUAAAAUCGUCACACUUGCUUUAAAUAGAGUCAUUAACAUGUAGACUAUUUCGUUUAGUUGUAAAGUGAGUCUGUACAAAAACAUAGAUAUAUAAGAGUAAGUGAUCCUGUCUCAAAAUGGCCACCACUAUUGUUUUGAGCCUUAAGUAACUUAGUCCAAACAUUAUCUGAAAUUAUCACACUUGCUUUAAACGGUGUCAUUUAGUAGUCUUAGCGUAUACACUGUUUUAUAUAGUUGUACAGUAAGUUUGUAUUUAUAAACUGAACUACCAAGCUAGGUUUAAAUAUAUAGUGAUUCUGGAAUAUGUGAUUCUGUCAAAAAAAAUGGCUGCCAUUAUUGUUUUCAGUUGUAAGCUAAUUUUCUGUCUGCAUCCUAUAAGAAAGUCUUUAAGAUAAAAAAAAAAUCACACAAAACAACAACUUUGAGGUAAAAAAAAGUGCUUAGCAUGAUGCUAAGUGUUGUAGCCUAAAUGGUUGCACUGAAGGUGUGACAUAGAUUAGCAUUAUGUGAUGAUAUGAUUCUCUUCAAACAGCAUCAUUUAGUAACAUUAGCACAUAACCUGUUUCAUUUAGCUAUAGAGUGAGUCAGUAUUUAGAGAAUUUAAAUAUAUAAACAGGAAUAUUUAAUCCUGUCUCAAAUUGGCUGUUACUAUUGUUCUCUGCUGUAAGGUAAUUUUGUGUUUUCACCAUAUAAGAGAACCUGAGGUAACAAACACUGAGAUAAAAAAAAAAAAGGAAUUAGCAUGAUGCUAAUUACUCAUAUCUAAUUAUUUACACUGGUGGUGUGAUGUAAAUUAGCAUUGAACUAACUGUACAUAGUUAUCACAUAUAUGUGUGAUAACACAGUUAUCACAUAAGUCGUUUCAAAAAGCACUAUCAGAGCAUUAUCACAUAGCCAGUUUCAUACAGGCUGUACAGUGUGUCUGUAUUUACAAAUUUAAAUACAGUGGUAUCUAGGCAAACAAACACCCCGGCUUACGAAUUUUCGCCUUGAAAACUGAAAUUUCGCAAGAAAUUUGCCUCAGCAUAUGAGCAGCAUAUAACGAACUGAGUCAAACCCAACGCCGGCUAAGUGCAUGUACAUCCAAGAGACGUUUAAAACUUUGUUUAUUACGUCCUUUAAGCCUGAGGUAACAAACAUCUGAAGUAGUGAUGCUAAUUAUUUAAAUCUAAAAGGUUGGUCUGGAAGUGGGUUAACAAUAUACACAUUUUAUAAUAUUCAAAUAUGCUUACAAAAGUAAACAACUAUGUCUUAAAAUUGCCACCAAUGUUGCUUUUAGGUGUAAGGUAACUUUUGUGUCAGGACCAUAUAAGCAGGUCUGUUUAAGGUUCACAAUGGGGGGGGGGAAUUAUGAUUCCUCUACACAGCAGGAUGCCAAUCCUUCUGCUCUAAACAUUCUGUGCACUAGAGCCGUGAGAUAGAUUAGCGUUGCGCUAACACAAUUGUUUUAAACAUUUGAAACAGCAUCUCAUGUUAGCAUUAGUAGACCCACUAUUUCAUAUAAUGUAACUGGAAAGUGAGUCUAUAUUUAUGAAAAAUAAAAAUGUAUAAGUAAGAGUAAGGCGAACGCUGAAGUGGAAGUGAUUACGCAGUUCGCAUGAGGCUAAUCGUUCUAGUUUAAAUGUUGUGAGAAACAUUAGCUAUUAGCUAACAUUAUGCUAACUGUAUCUUAAAAUAUUUUUACUCUUGCUUUAAAGAUUGAUUCAAACUGUACAACAUGUACAACUUUACACAAAAAAUAAGAAGACUAAUCAUAAAAAUGAUGAGUCAUACCAUUAUUGUCUUGGCCUUGCUCAUCUAUCUAUAAUAAAAAAUAUAUAUAUUUUGUACAGUCUGUACUUUUAGUAUGCUAAUUAGGCCCUACCUCCUUUCUGUGGCACUGAGAACACGUAAUCAGAGACGUCAUUAUAAUUUUCUUCGAAACAAACAUCAUGGCAUUCAAAGAGCCAACUCGCAAAAAAUAAAAUAAAUAAAAGACAAAAUCUGCCAAUGGAAUCUGCCAUUAAAAUCUUGUUUUGACACCUUGUCAUGUGACCAUUUUAUUUGCAUACUUAGAGUGUUUGCCAAAGAUGGGCGUGUACACAGGUUCAUUUUGGAAACCAUGUAUGUUCUUUGUCAAUCUUUAAGGAGCAAGUAUCAAUGAUUUCAAGCUAAAUAAACAUUUCAGGAACUUAUUUGAAAUAAUUUACCUUAAAGGUCAGCAUGAUGAUUUGAGCAUUCUGUUAGCGUUGUGCUUAUCCAUCUUCACAGGCACUGAUUACUUGUUAGCUUGAUUAGCUUUGUAGCUCUUGUGCGAAUACUAAACAAAAUUGAGGAAAACUUUUCUUGGCUGAGUUUGGGAAGUUCUUUUCAGAAAAUAUUUUCACGUCCUUUUUAUUUUGACUUUACUUUCCCCCCCAAUAAUUUAUUUAUUCUUUUAGGUGACAAAUUUAGUCUGAAAACAUUUGUUAGCACUGACAUUUGUUACAUGUCUAUUUGUAUUUUUCACAUUAUUUAUUUCUUGCUUUGUUAAUGUACUGUUUAACUGUAACAAUGACUGGCUUCAAGUUUAUAAAUUAUUUUAAUGUAUUUAUCAGCUAUUUGUCCUACUGCAAGGUCAAGUUUUACAUUUAAUAUUUUUACCAAAGGGUACUUUCAUUCAGCUGUGUGUGUACAGUCCAAAAGAACCAAGAAUUGUUCUCAUUUUAUCAGAUAUUUCCCUAUGUUCAGGCUAGCAAAUUUUUUGUCACAGAUGUGUCAAUUGUAAGUUGUUUCUUGUAGGCUUGAAAUGUCAUGCAUUUUUAGAAUAAAAUCAGUUUCUGGUCUCAGACAUUUAAACCUGACUUUAAGUUAAGAUGAAGGAUAAGCCUGUGACAUCAUGUAGAGCCACCGAACGUGUAACUAAACUGGCACAUGCAAAAAAAAAAAAAGGACAAAUUUUAAUCACUGUAAAACUUUCUUUGCUUUGCUUGUUUUGGUUUAUUUUGGUGAUCUACCUGCUUAUAACUUAAACACAUUGUGGUCAUUGUUUUAUUCCAUUUCAUCUUCUUCUUUUUUUUUUUUUUUUUAAAUAAAUGACAUUUUUAAG